UACACCAAUAUCAUCUUCAUUGACUUGCUUGUCCUGACCAUUUCGCUGCAUACACAGAUCGAAUCGAAGGAAAGAUAGACAAACAAUAUAACCAAACUGGACCAUAGAAUUGCCGAUUUUUAAGGUAUUGCAUCUUGAGGUACGUGAGAUGUAUUUUGUUAUGGCCUUCCGAAAAUAAUGGUUAGCAUGAAGACGAGGCUUAUAUCACGCUGCUGAUUAUAUGCUGACUACCACUUUGUCAAUUUGAAAUGCCAAUGAACCGGCUCUCACAAUUUUCUUGAAGACCGUCGUUAGCGAAAAUGGUGAUGUGUCCUCGAUACAGCUUAACGGUAUUUACGUUGAGAUCAAAAGGAUCAGUCUACUGCUUUUUUAAAAUCAUGCCUCAAUUUUCUAAGUGGAAAGUUGCGCUUUAAAAUGCCGCAACAGGUGCCAAUUUGCUGUCCCUCCAAAACUGUUUUCCUUGCUUCUUCAAAUUUGAUAUAAUGAGCAGCUCAGAUAUUCGCGACAUCUUGCAGAUCGGCCCUUCGACAGAACAACCACAACGUAAAUAUAAACAAGCAGAAAAAAGACCUGGUAAAUUCGCAAGCAAUAUGUUCUUUGAGAAUUACCGAUCUUUUUUGCUCAAGAUUUCAAAUAUAAUAGAGGGCAUUAGCAGAGAAUUAUACUCCUUAAUUGGUGGUGCUCCACCUGUCGCAUUUGUCAAGCCAACUUUCAACUCGAAAUUCCAAAUCAAAAAGAAGGCAACACCUUGGGUAUAUCGAUCUUUUACCAAUCCUGCACGGUCCGAUGAUUUGAUCCUCAAACACUGGGUUAAGUCAACUGAGGCUGAUAAUCAAGAGUAUCCUUUCGCCAAAUUCAACAAAGUUAUCGAUUUCAUUAACUAUACAGACGAGGAAUACGAGAAAUUUCUAACAGAUAGUGACUGGAGCAAAGAUGAAACAGAUUAUCUGUUCGAAUUAUGUAGAACGUACGAUUUGCGAUUCCCUGUCAUAGAGGACAGAUACAAUUUCGAAUCGAAACCUAGAACCAUGGAGGAUUUAAAGGAUCGAUAUUAUUCAGUGUGUCGGAAGUUAAUUCUACAAGGAAAGGGCCCUUCGUCAUCAGGAGAGUAUAUGACAGAUAGACAAGCAUUAGCACAACAAUACGGCUUCGAUAAAGCAAAGGAAGUAGAGAGGAAAAAUGCGCUUAUCAUGCUUUUUAAUCGAACAAAAGAACAAGUAGAAGAAGAAGAGGCACUUUUUGUGGAAGCAAAACGCAUUGAAAUGAACGAAGCUAGACUAUCAAAGGAAAGAGAAAGCUUGUUAAACUCACUGCAUUUAGAACAAAUCCAACAAACGGCAUCCACACCCAGCACACCGAUCAAUACAGCAUCAGCUAUGAAUAGCCCAGGCGGAGCCAUGUUAUCUCUACCAGGAACUAUUAACAUUGCCAGCAGUUCAGCUGGUAAUGGUCGUACAGAAAAAAAGAAAAAGAGUGAAGAGAAGAAAAACCGAAAAUUAUCAAACAAUACAGUUCCAGAAGUUGAAGUGCCUGAGCCCAAGAAGGAAAAGCUGACACCAGGCGUUUUCGUUCGAAGCCAGAAACUGCCAAUUGUCAAGACUUCAAUGCAACCGAGAGUCAUCAAGGUGUUGGAAGAGUUGGGCAUUGGUCCCCGUCCUGUCAUGUAUUCGGCAGCAGUUUGUCAACGAUUCGAAACAUUACAAAAUUCUAUACUGACAAUGUUUGAAUUGAAAAAGGUGGUUGAUAAGGUAGAGGUAGAACAUAAAGUCAAAGUACAAAAAGGGGUAAGAGACAGCACACCAACAGGAAGGAAACGUGCUGGAAGUACUGCUGGCUCAGCAAGUGGCAGAGAAAAGCGAAAGAAGUAAAUUUUUCUUAUACACAUGGGUUACCUACAACGAUUUGCAAGGUCUUUAUAUAUUACUGCCAACUUCUUCAAAC